UUUUGUGAGUUUCUUAUGUAAUUGACAAAUUAUACCACUAUUAGUUGCCUUUGUGAGCAAAACGGUGCCCACUAGUUGUCAAUUCGUCGGAGCGGAGCCCUCUAUUGGGAAAGAAGUUGUCGGAAGUGCAUUCGCGAGCCUUCAGUCUCAACUUCUGAAGAAGUAAGCCUUUCUUCUUGAUACCUGUAACAAUUGGGCACAUCAUGAUGGCACUAAACUUCCGUACAACCUCAACCUCCGACUUGAGUUCGCUCCAUCCUUUCGGCUCUUUCUAUUGCCGAAGCACACAAAGAAUCAUCACUACGAUUCAUUCUCCAGUUUCCAGUUUUUCAAGGUUUUCCGUCAGGUGUGCGGUUCGUUUCCGGCCUUGCAUUGAUAUACACAAGGGAAAAGUGAAACAAAUUGUUGGGUCAACCCUUCGGGAUUUGAAGGAGGAUGGGUCAACUCUUGUGACCAAUUUUGAAUCGGACAAGUCGGCGGCCGAGUAUGCCAAUUUAUACAAAGAAGAUGGACUUACUGGAGGUCAUGUAAUCAUGCUUGGAGCAGAUCCUUUGAGUAGAAGUGCAGCCAUUGAAGCAUUGCACACUUAUCCUGGUGAAUUUGUCUGCUCUCUUCUGAUAUAUACUUUUCCUCUGCUGAACUUACUGCGAGGACGUGUAAAAGUAGGCGGCUUGCAAGUUGGGGGUGGAAUCAAUUCUGACAAUUCUCUGAGUUACAUAGAGGAAGGAGCUAGUCAUGUCAUUGUCACAUCAUAUGUAUUCAACGAUGGACAAAUGGAUCUUGAAAGGCUUAAAGAUCUUGUUCAUGUUGUUGGAAAGCAGAGGCUUGUCUUGGACCUUAGCUGCAGAAUGAAGGAAGGUAAAUAUGCAAUUGUUACUGAUAGAUGGCAGAAGUUCACUGAUGUAUAUCUUGAUGAGAAAAUAUUGGAGUUUCUAGCCUGCUAUGCAGAUGAGUUUCUGGUCCAUGGCGUUGAUGUUGAAGGGAAAAGGCUUGGAAUCGAUGAAAAACUCGUGACAUUGCUUGGGAAGUAUUCACCGAUUCCCGUGACUUAUGCUGGUGGUGUGAGGGUGAUGGCUGAUUUAGAAACGAUUAAAGUAGCCGGUGUGGGACGCGUGGAUGUUACCGUGGGCAGUGCUCUGGAUAUAUUUGGUGGCACCCUGGCAUACAAAGACGUCGUUGCAUGGCAUUUCCAGGAGGAGCCUUUGACAGUUUAGUGUUUUUUUUCCUGGGCGUCUUCUAUUGUUUUGUUUGUCUAUUUUUCACUUCCAUGUUCAUUUUUCACAUCUUCAAAAGCAAUGUAUUCCAAAAGAGAAUUCAGCUUUUAACUUCUUUUUUGGAUAGGUAAAAUUCAGCUGUACUCGUGAAAGAAAAAAGUCUAUGUUCUACCCGACAA